AUGAAGAGGAGGGCUGAAAAUCAGACUGACGACCUGGAGAACCACGUCCGAAGCAAGAAGCUGCGUCUGUGUGGUCUCUGGGACGGCGCCGAGGAUCAGCAGUUGCACCCUAACACCUCGAAAGCCAAACCAACACAGGCUGACAGCAGCUUCACUGCCUCAGUGCUGCACACCACUGGAUCCAUACUGGCAAAACUUUGCCAGUGUGGUCAUAGCACUCAAACACAUGUGUUGCUGCGUUUGUUGGUGGAUGUAGAACUGCUUCACCUUUCUAAUUUGGUUAGAUACCUGCGCAGCGACACUGAGGAUCCUGCGGCUGGGUCAGCAUCACACUCAGCAGGAGGAGUAGAAACCUCGGGACAGGCCAGGUCCAUUUCCACAAAGCGCCUACCACUCCGAGAAUGGGAUGCCUUCCAGCGGACCUUCCCAGUAACCCUAAAUGGAGAGCCACCUUCAAAACGCCGGUGUGUACAGGCUGGUUUUCCACACUACCGAGCCCACUACAAAAGGUGGAGGGAGCUUCAGCUUAAGCAGAGAGUUCAGCACAUCCUCGUAUUCCUCACGCCUCGCUCUGGGACAGGGUGUGCCAGAAGAAGCAACGCCCCUCAGCGUGCAAGAGUACAGACGGCAUUAGAUAAGGAGACCUGGAGCACCAACAAGCCCACUGUUGAUGCCGUCCUACGGGCCUGGGUUGCUCCACAGCCCAGGAUCCAGGACAGCCCGUCCCUCAUGUCCUCGAUUUCAGAGCAGAAAUGGAAGGGCCUGGCUUUGAAGGACUUCGGGGAGGAAAAGGGCAAAGGUGUCAUCGCCCUGAUGCCCUUCAACAAAGGAGACGUCGUCUGCGACUACCACGGGACGUGCAUCACCAAAGCUGCAGGGAAUCAGAGGCGGCAGUCAGGGUCUCUCUUCUUCUACAGGGACGAGUGCCACAGGGCUGAUGCCACUGCGUCCCCCUGUGCCUGCCACCUGCACAAGGACUCCUAUGGAAGGCACAUGAACCAUUGCCAAAGGAAUCCAAACGUGAAGCCACAAAGGUUCACCAUGAACUUCCCUGCUGGUCCUCGGGAGAGUGUGCUGUUCAUCGCCCUGAGGGACAUCGCGGUUGGAGAGGAGCUCCUGUGGGACUAUGGAGUCUAGAGAUGGCACCGUGUUUUAUGUCCCAUAUCCUACAUUUGGAUUUCUGCCCACACCGACAUGACUCCAAUAGAGUGUAUUUUAUAAUCAAUAAAACUGUGUGUUUUUUUUAAUAUAUUGCUGUGUUUUGUAUAAGUUCAAACUCAAACUAAAGCUGUCCUGUUAUAUAUCUUUCUCAGAGGUGAAAUGCCGGUUGACUCGGUCCAUCACUGAUGGAGUCUCCCAUAAAUCCUUUGGCUGGACAUUUGACUUGUCUUUAUUUUUCCUUUGUUUGAUGCUUUGCUUGGCUUUUGUUGUCUCUGACCUUUUCUGAUUAAAAGAAAAUUGAGCUCACAGGACACCAUGUUGCCUCAGCUGAUGCAGUCCUCUUUGCAAUAAUGUUUAUUUCCAA